AUGGCAUCCCUCAUGCGUCCCUCCGUCUUCCGCCAGGCGCCCGCCGCCUCGCAGCGCGUUAUGUCUGCCUUCGCGCGCCCCAGCGCCGCCAUGGCCCAGUUCAAGCCCGCCUUCCAGAACUCCACACGGGUCGCCGCCUUCCACGCAACGCAGAGGAACCAGAUCUUGCCUCCGCUGCCCCAGAAGAUCGUUGGAACUGCCAACGAGCCCGUCGAAGUCCCCACCCCCGACUACACCCACGGAUCCUACCACUGGAGCUUUGAGAGGAUCGUCUCCGCCGGUCUCAUCCCCCUCACAAUUGCCCCCUUCGCUGCCGGCUCGCUGAACCCUCUCACCGACUCGAUCCUCUGCGCCCUGCUUGUCGUCCACUCGCACAUCGGUUUCGAGGCGUGCAUCAUCGACUACUUUCCGAAGAAGCGCGUGCCUAUGGUCCGUAACAUGGCCAUGUGGGCGCUCCGUGCCGGAACCGUCCUUCUUGGUGUUGCGCUGUACUCCUUCGAGACAAACGAUGUUGGCGUCACAGAGGCUGUUCGCCAGCUCUGGACAGCAUAG